AUGGCAGCACUUAGGAGAGUUACUAUCCAGGAAGCUGGAGCCCCUGAUUUUACACUGCAACCGUAUCAAGCACAUCACCCAGGGGUAGCUGCAGAUUUUGAACUAAAGACUGCACUACUCAACUUGAUGCCUAAGUUUCAUGGUUUACCUGCUCAAGAGCCUAUCAAGCACCUUAGGGAUUUUCAAGCAGUCUGUUCUACUGUCAGGCAUGAUGGUGCAGAUGAAACUUUUAUUCUGUUAAAAGCCUUCCCGUUCUCUCUUGAGGGAAAGGCAAGAGAGUGGUACUACGCCCAACCUAGAGUGACUGUUGCUAACUGGAAUACGCUUAGAAGGGAAUUUUUGGAAAAAAUCUUUCCAACUGAAGUUACUGAUAGAUUGAGGAAGGAAAUUUCCAUGAUUGUUCAAGGCGAAUCCGAGACUCUCCACGAAUAUUGGGAGCGCUUCAACAAUCUUCUAGAAGCAUGUCCCCACCACAUGAUUGAGAAGUUAGUGUUGCUUGGCUACUUCACACAGGGCAUGAAGCCUCAAGACAAGACAACAUUGGAAGGUGCUAGCAAUGGCGACUUAGCUGAAUCCACUAGGAAUCACAGGCAGAGGCAAGGCCACUCAAAAGCUAUUACAGAGGUAUCCUCUAGUAAAGAGACUACUGCUCUAACUCAGAGUAUAUGUGAAAUGACCAACUUACUGAAGCAGAUACAGUUGAGUCAACAACAAGCUCAGCAAGCUCAGCCUUUUCUACCACAGCAAAACCAACAGUUGAUUCCACAAAGACAGAUCAUGGAAAACAACCUUACUUCUACUCUAAAUGGUCUGAACUCUACCUUGCAAGCUCUUGUCUCACAAAUUGGAUCACUAAAUAACUCCAACAACCAGCCUUUGAGCCCCAGUGGAAUCCCCUCUCAACCAUUACCCAACUCCAAAGGUGGCAUCAAUGCCAUUACCUUGAGGUCUGGAACCACACUACAAGGGAGGAAUCCUGAGGAGCCAAGCCCGCUAGAACACGCCCCAGCCGAUGACAUGGUUGAGGUAGAGGAUGUUGAAGAAGAAGAUGAAGCACAAGGCAUGGCUGAAGCAGAAGCAGCCUAA